ACGAAGCAACUCAAGCCCCAAGGGGAAGCAAGCAUUCCAAUAUCCCCUCAAAAUGCAAACUCUUCAAACUUGUUCUUUCUUCUUCACAUUUCCAUCUCCUAAAACCCUCCUUAAACCCCUAAAUUCUUCUAAAUUCACUGCUUUUCCUUUCUUCAAUCUCUCUACUUCAUCUAAUUUCAAGCAUUCCCCUCUUACUCUUCAUUGUUUCAGUUCAGAUGAAUACCCAGUAGGUGAUGACGACGCAUUUCUCGAAGCUUUUGGACCCAAAGAGAAAGAAUCUGAAGAAGAAGCCCGGCGCCGGAACUGGGUCGACCGUGGUUGGGCUCCAUGGGAAGAAAUCCUCUCACCUGAAGCUGAUUUUGCUCGGAAAUCUCUUAAUGAAGGUGAAGAAGUUGCGCUUCAGUCACCUGAAGCUAUUGAAGCUUUCAGAAUGCUUAGUCCCAACUACCGGAAAAAGAAGAUUAAGGAAAUGGGUAUAACGGAAGAUGAGUAUUACGCUAAGCAAUUUGAGAUUAAAGGUGAUAUUCCUGAGCCUUUGGAGACUAUGUGGUCUGGGCCGUUGGUGGUUCGACAUGUACCACCUAGGGAUUGGCCGCCGAGGGGGUGGGAGGUUGAUAAGAAGGAAUUGGAGUUCAUUAGGGAAGCUCAUAAGAUGCAGGCUGUGAGAGUGGACUAUGAUAAAGUGGAGGAGGUGGUGAAUGAGGAGACUGAUGAUAUGAGUUUGGAACGGUAUAAAGUGUUCUUGAAGCAGUAUAAUGAGUGGGUUGCUGCUAACAAGGAUAGAUUAGAAGAAGAAUCUUACAAGUAUGACCAAGACUAUUAUCCUGGCAGGAGAAAAAGGGGAAAGGAUUACCAAGAUGGAAUGUUUGAACUCCCAUUUUACUACCCAGGACAAAUUUGUGCUGGUAAAGUGACAGCUAUACACCUUUAUCAAGGAGCAUUUGUUGAUAUUGGAGGUGUUCAUGAUGGGUGGGUGCCAAUAAAGCGAAAUGACUGGUAUUGGAUCCGCCAUCACAUAAAAGUUGGUAUGCAUGUCAUAGUUGAAAUUCUGGCUAAACGUGAUCCUUACAGGUUUCGGUUCCCUAUUGAGAUGCGCUUUGUUGAUCCUAACAUAGAUCACCUAAUCUUUAAUAGAUUUGAUUUUCCGCCUAUAUUUCAUCGUGAAGAGGAUACAAAUCUAGAUGAAUUGCGUCGUGACUGUGGAAGACAACCUAUUCCUAGAAAAGACCCUGGAGUCAAAGUUGAAGAAGAACCACUACUAUCAAAUCACCCUUAUGUGGACAAGUUAUGGCAGAUCCAUAAUGCUGAACAAAUGAUUCUGGAUGACAUGGAGGCAAAUCCUGAUAAAUAUGAAGGCAAAAACUUGACAGAGUUAGCUGACGAGGAAGAUUUUGAUGAAGAAAAUAGCACUGAGUACUCCAAAGCUUAUUAUAAGAAAGCGUUGCUUACCAAGAUUAUUACAAAAGUCAGCGUAAGAGAGCUUGACUUGGAAGCUGCACUUGCUGAGCGUCAGCACCAUAAUAAACUGAGAAUAGAAGCACAAGAACGAGGAGAGGUGUACAAAAUUUCCAAGCUGAGACGAAACAUUGAGAUGGAUGAAUACGAUUUUAUCCAUUGGCGUCGGUCCCUUGAGGAAAGAGAGGCUCUAUUAAGAGAUAUAAGCUGUCGCCGUGCCCUUGGGCUCCCACUGGAAGAGCCUGGUAGGUAUGUGGAUCCAAGUGCUAUCAGCAAGGAUCAGUAUGAUCCUGAAAGUCCCUUGUAUAGAUAUGACUACUGGGGCGAGCCAAAGAACUCAGAUAAGAGCAAGCAGGAGCGAAUGACGGAUGCUCACAAUAAAUCUAUUGUUGGCAAAGGUACUGUUUGGUAUGAGUUGUCAUAUGAAGAUGCCAUCAAGGAGCAGAUGCAGAUGGAGGCCCAAGGAUUUGUGCGGGAGUUGUAUGAUGAAGAUUCUGACAGCGACCAAGUGAAUACAGAUGAUGAAGAUGACGAGGAAGACUUCGAUUACAGCAUCCUAGGCGACCCAAGUGAAAAUACAACCAACCAACCUUAUGUCAAUGGAACUGAAUCUUCUCAGCUAUCAGAUGAAGGAAUGUUUGAAGAUUAAGUGACAAAUAAGAAACUUAUCAGCAGCAAUACUGUAUUGAUAGUUUGUACAGCUAGGUACAUUAAACGGAUGCAAUUUUCGUAGAGUUUUUCCUUAUGGGGGUUUGAUUUUGUUGCAUCUUUAGAAAUGUAUUUGUUCUGUGCCUUAGUAGAAAAGAAACAAUUUUUUACACUUAACAAUCCAGUUGGUUUUGUUAUCUUCAUAUUUUUGGUUCCUAAAAGUUAUGAGUGGAGUUUCAUAA